AUGAUGGCGGCGUUAGGCCGACACGGCUUUGAGGUCCUCCGUACUGCAAACCAGCAGUAUAAAGGAGUCGACUUCUUUGUCAUCGAGGCAAAGCUGCCGGCUGACGGCCUGUCUGCCACUGAGAACUGGUGCAGGGACUACCAGAGCCUCUGUAUGGACUACGGACUGAGUCCGACGGGCUGUGGAGAGAGGAGCGCAGUGGAGGGCGGGGUCAUGAGCAACGCUGGCAAAAUCCGGUGCGUCUCCGAGUACAACUCGGACCCCUACAUCAACAACGUGCUCAGCUGCCCCGCGCGCGUGAAUGUAGCUGAGGUGGCGAACCUGGCCUUCUCAACCGGGGCCACGGAAGGGAGAAGUUUUGGCUUUAACAAGUGUUCCGUCCAAAACUGUCAACGUGGGAUAUACAAGAGUCGUUUUAGUCUGGACAGCACGGUGGAAGCAUUUUCCUCCGAUGGGACCGGAGACAGGAUCGUGUACACCGUGUGCAAAGGCUUCGGAGCUGUGGGUCCACCAAUAGACCUGGCAGUAACUGACAUCACGGAUGGAGGGUUCAAGGUCACGUGGUCUCCAUCCCCCGAUCCUGACCUUGACCUUGAGGGAUACCAUGUCGUGGUGUCUGGGCUGGACAUGAUGACAGCUGUCAAUCAGAGCACAGGCGAGACAUCGUUUCCGGUGGUUGGUCUCUCACCGGAGACUGCUUACAUCAUCAGGGUGGCAGCCCUGUUCUCGUCAGUCGGUUGGAAGGCACAGAGCGAGACAGCAAUGACACUGGUGUUCACAGCCGCCACACCAACCACAACGCCUGCACCUGCCGUUACCACCGAGCAGAAAAGUCGGGAGACCACCCUCCUUUCUACCGAACCAGAAGCUUCGACCGUACAAAAUACACAAGAAGCCAUGAGGGAUGGAGGGUCAUCUGAUGAUGUAGCCGCCACAACGACAACCACUGCUACUACCAAACAGACAAGUGGCAUGACCACAGUCUUGUCCACCAGGCCAUCAACUCAAGUACAGCUAGGCUCGGAAGCCACUGAAACCACGGAGACCAGCAGCAGGCCGCCGGAGGAAGACAGAGCAACACCAGACCAGGCUCUUGGUAACGGUCUGGACAGCAUCUUUGCUGGUUCGCUGUCUGCAAAACCACAGGAUGUACUACAGAAGCUAGCCCAGACUGCAGAUGUCUCUGGAGAUGCUGUUGUGAUGGGGCAGCCAACAUCAGCUGCUGAGGAAAAGGCACAGGACAUCGCCGUAGGUGUUUUGAAGUCCAUCACCAGCAACCUGGACAAACUGGACAUGUCUGACCCGGCCACUGUCCAGUCCGUGGGAGGAUCUCUGGUAGAGUCGGUCGGUUCUCUGCUUGAGGAACCAGAGAGAGAUACACAAGAGGAUGAUGGGAAGCUUGCAUCUGAUCUCGAGGAAGACCAGAGUCUCUCUCCAAAGGAGCGCCUUGAAAAGGCGGAAGAAAAUGAGAAGGAGAAACAAGCCGAGAAACGAAGAAAUGUCCAGGAAAGCCGCCGGGUUCUGGAUGGUCUGUUCGACGCCAUCAUCGGCUCUAUGAGUCCAGGAGCCCCGGCAGUCACCAUCGAGAGGGGAGGGGUUACUCUCCGUGCGCAGAGGGUCUGGGGUGACCAGUUUGGAGGCCAGGUCGUGCAGACCGAGGAUGGGGGCUUCCAUGUUCCGCCUAGAGCAGCGCUGUUCCCGGACUAUACACCGCACAACGUCGCUAUAAGGUUGACGCAGUUUCAACAGAACCCAUUCACCUGGGGGCGCGGGGAGUCGCAGGCACGUUCGUCUGUCAUGGAACUGUCACUCCUGCAGAACGACAUCCCCGUGGCCUUCAACAACCUGACCGAAGACUUUACCAUCACCAUUCCGGGCGGCUCUGAGAACAAACCAGCCACGACAACCAUCACCUUCCCUGCACCAGGAAACCAAAGUUCAAGCUACCAUUUGCUAAAGCUCAACAGCACCGCUGAAGGAUUCCUGGUCACAAUCACCCCGCUGAACACAAGCGUGGUCUACGGCGUGUCUGGCAGGUACGGCGGCCGCCCUGACAACCAGAACUACAACGUGUCCAUGGAGACGUACAUCCUACCUGAGCAGUGUGCCUUGAUGAAAACUCUGAGUGGCGAUGAAGACACAAACACAGAGAAGACAGCGGCAACAAUGUUCAUCCCGGGAGGGAAUGGUCCUGUGGAUUACUACAUCAAGGUCCAAGUACUUGGACCAGUGACCGAGUGUGACAUUCACAACAAGGCUGUCGAGAAGGAGUCACACACCGAGGACUUCUACUCCUACCAGAUCCAGUGGGUCCGUCUGGGCUGCGUCUACUGGAGCGAGACACAGGAAGACUGGAUGGCAGACGGCUGUGUGAUAAGCGAGCAGUCCACCAUUACCAGCACCAUCUGUCACUGCAACCAUCUGACAGCCUUCGGAAGUGACUUCGCCACACCGCCGAACACCGUCGACUUCGGGGCGUUGAAUUUCAGUGAUCUGGUGGACAACGGUGCCGUAUUGACAGCCAUCAUCGUGGCGCUCUGUCUGUACUCGUUUACAUCAUCCGUGGUCAAGAUCGCUGAGCGUAAAGAUAAGAGAAAGUUACAUCACACUGUAAGGUUGGACGACCUUCAGAACGGCUACCGGUACCGCCUGCUCAUCUGGACAGGUGCAGCUAGGCAUGCUGGGACAGAGUCCACCGUCGUCUUCAAGCUUGUCGGAGGUGCCACAAACUCCGAUAUUAGAGUGGUCAACAUCGCAGAGAAGAUUUUUACCCAAGACAGCCAGGUGACCCUGACCUUCAGCACAGCGGAACAGCUGGGUAACGUGGAGCUGCUGCAGCUCAUGCACGACAACAGUGGGGAGGGGAGCCGUGCAUCGUGGCACGUGGACAGAGCAGCAGUGCAGGAUGUCACCACUGGCAAAAUGUCCUAUUUCUUCUGCGAUGAGUGGCUGGCAGCCGACCGCGGGGACGGGCAGGUGGUGAAGACCUUUCCUGUCGCCUCUGAGCAGGACCUGCGAUCCUUCGGGUUCCUGUUCCCGGCAAGUCUGCGGAGUAAUCUGGCAGAGGAGCACCUCUUCCUGUCCGUCGCUAUCACACCUGAAGGUAGCACGUUCACCCGCAGCGAGAGGCUCGGCUGCUGCCUGAGUCUCCUCCUCAUAUCCAUGGUGUCCAGCGCCAUGUGGCUAACAGAUGAAACAAACACCCAGGUUGUGCAGGGCUUCAGCCUGGGGCCAUUCUCCUUCACCCUGAAUGGAGUCUACACGGGAAUCAUGACCAGCCUCACCUGCCUUCCCGUCAUCAUGGCCAUAGUCCUGCUGUUCCAGUACAGCCGACCCAGCAACAAGGGCAACCCCCGGGUCGGAGACGUAGAGACGGGUGGCGCACCUGAGGCACCCACUCAGCAAGGACCAGCCAAGGGCCUGCCGCACUGGUGCAAGUACGUGGCCUGGGUGCUGGUGCUGCUGUCUACCGUGGGGUCAGCUGUCUUCACCGUGUUGUUCAGUAUGACGUGGGGUAAGGAGAAGUCAGAGAAGUGGCUGUCUGCGUACUUCAUAUCCUUCCUGGUGGACAUGGUCCUUAUGCAACCAGCGAAGAUAUUUCUCCUUACAAUCGUGACGUCGUCAAUUCGCAAGACGCAAGCCAUCGAGACGAUGUUUGCAGAGAAGCGGGGCCCCGCUUCAAUUGAAGCCAGUGUGAUGUCUUCCACAUGGGAGACAGGCUUCAACUGCGAUGCAUUUCGCCUGAAGAGAAAGAUGGAGCGACUUUCCAUGGCGUCCCUUGCCAACAUCAAACAAGCGAGAAUGAGGCAGCGCAGGAACAGGAGAUUCGGGGACACCCUUUGGAGCAUCGUGUGGUUCUGCUGCUUCCUCCUGCUCGUAGUCAGCAUCGCUGAUGAAUACCACAACACCACAGAGGGUUUCCAUCAGACACUGAGCACAACCAACACCUUCCUGCAGUCUGUGGAUGACGUAAAUGAUCCUCUCACCUUCUGGUCCUGGCUGAACGAGACCGCUCUGCAGAGCUUCUACCCCGAGACGUCCUACAAUGACGACAAGCCCCGCUGGUUUGAGAAGGUCUUCACAGCUGACAUGCAGACAGUCCUGGUCUACCCACCUAGCCUGAUCCAGGGCAGAGUAAAGUCAGACUUAGGUCAGGCUUUUUAUCCUUCUGUCACCAUAGGGUUGUGCGCGGUGCCUGUGACAAUACAGCACCUGUUUGACGAAUGUUCAUCAGCGUACGAUGAACACGCCAAGGAGAUCGGGGCGUUUGAGAUGGGAUGGAAGAGGAUCAGAAACACGUCAGCGAUGGAAUCAGCAGCCCCUGGAUGGAUCCACCUCCCCAAUAAGUACCCCAGUCUCCCCAUCUACGGUGUGACGACGCACUACUGGGGAGACGGCUUCGGUCUGCACCUGGGAAGGUCAGCAGACGAGAUGCGCAGCAUCCUAGCAGACCUGAAGGCCAACCGUUGGAUCGACAAGCGCACGAGGGUCAUCUUCUUGGAAGCGAUACUGUACAACGGAAAUCUGGAUUUAUUCACAUCGCUGACGGUGGUGUUUGAAUUCUCCGAGACGACCGGAGUUUUCUCCCGUCACCACGUGCAGACCUUCCGACUCCAUCAACGGCCUGGGACAAUCGGGUACAUCUACGUCCUGCUGGAAAUCAUUUACGUCAUCAUUCUCCUCUACACGCUGUGGACAGAGGCGAAAACUGCACGGGCAGCCGGCUUGGCCUACCUGAAGGGGCCAUGGAAUAUUGUCGAAAUCUUCAACUUCUUCUUGGCAUUCACCGCCAUUGCCUUGUAUGGCUUUAAGAUAGUCUACAGCUCCAGGGCUCUGGCGGCGAUCAAGGACGGGAAAGAUCAAGUCCACCAUUUCCGAUCAGCGGUGAACAUAAGCCAGGUUUACGGCUGGUUCCUGGCCUUCCUGACGUUUGUCAACCUGAUGAAGCUCCUCCGGCUACUGAGGUUCAACCCGUUCCUCGCCAAGCUGACGUCCGUGUUCCGAGCGAUGGCGGGAGAGUUCUCUGCCUUCAUCUUCCACUUUUUCUUCUGGAUGUCAGCUUUCGGAGUCUACGCAUAUCUCAUGUUCGGCCUUGAUGUGGGAGAAUUCAGCUCCAUCAGCAAGUCCUUCUCCACAUUGUUCCAGAUGUCUCUUGGAAAUUUCUACUUCUACCAGCUGAGGGAGGCAGCCCCCAUCCUUGGCCCCAUCUUCUUCUUUGCUUUCAUUUGCAUAAUCUUCCUGGUGCUGAUGAACAUCUCCAUGGCGAUCAUCGACAGCGCUCUUCCCGAGAUGCGGAACCACGAUGUACCUGAAGAAGACCGGUACUUCAUCCAGGGGUUGUGGGAACGCUUCACGGCCUUCUUCGGCUACUGGAAAGCGCCAGCCAAAGAUAACGACUCCGUGGACACUCUCCAUGACAGCCUGAUCGAGGUGGAGAUUAAAGUGGAGAAACUGUGGCUGAAGAGACAGUCGCUCUUCAACCUUAAGAUGAAGGAUGCAGACCUCCCGGCAGAGCCUGAGUUUGUUCCUACUGUCAAAGAUGCCCCCGAUGCUGCAGCAGUGGAACUUCGCCACCGCGUCAUCAAGGUCCGCGCUGCUUCCGCGAACAACUGCACAGACAGUGGCAGUCAAGCGAUCCAGUCCGCGAACAAGGCUCCAGCGGUGGCGACAUCCAUGUCCUCGGAAAAUGAAGAGGAAACCCUCAAAAGCCACCAAACCAGUCAAGUCAAGUCUGUCCUAUCCAAAGGGGGGAAAAGUGACAAGAAGUCCACCAGCAGAGUUAGUUUUGCCCAGGUUGUUCUUGUUCGUCACACUGAGGAGCGCAAGGUGGAGUGGCCAAGUGUCAAGUUGAGCGCUCGUGACAGGGUGGCUCUAACAUUUGGCGAGAUGCUGACAGACGACCACAUCCAGGCUGCCCAGAUGCUGCUUUGCCGCCAGUACCCGGCACUCCAAGGGCUGGAGGCGCCUGCAGUUGGUCACUGUGAGGACGGAUUUGCCAAGAUGACAGGAGAGGGGCUACAAAUCCACCACAACAGCAGCCAUCACUGGGUCCUAUCAUCUUGUGCAGGCGGACAGGUUCGCCUGUAUGACAGCCUCGGCGUUGCCAUGACUCCAUCUCUGCAGAUCCAGCUUUACCAGCUAUACGCCGCGUUUGCUGACCAAGCAAGAAACGUCCUGACCGUAUUCGUACCAGACGUACAGCGUCAGGAGAACGUCUUUGAUUGCGGGCUUUUCGUCAUCGCCUGGGCAGUGGACAUCGCAGAGGGGCAAGACGUGAGCAGGGUUGUGUAUGAUGUCAAGAAGAUGAGGAGCCAUUUGGAGACGUGCUUCGAACAAGGGAAACUCACACCGUUUCCACGUCUGACCAGCUGCAGGAAGGUCGGUCCGACCAAGGCACAGGAAAUCUCGCUGGUCUGCCGCUGUGAGUAGGGGAAGCAACUGGGAAGGAUGGAGAGGUGCAAGACAUGCCGGAGGAUCUUUCACGUCAACUGCCUGCCAGUCAGCCCUCUCAUUGAUGGGACAUGGGCAUGUUGCUACUGCGGUGUGUUUAUUUACUGUUUAUUUACACACCGCAGUAACAACAUGCCCAUAUCCUAUUCAGUCAAUCAUCAUCAUCAUCAUCAUUCAGCCAAUACUGCAGCGCAAAAAAGGACUGCACUGAAUAGGAAUUAUCAAGGACAACUGUUUGGUCUCCUUAAAAACAGUCAAUACUGCAGCGCAAAAAAGGACUGCACUGAAUAGGAAUUAUCAAGGACAACUGAGUGUUUGGUCUCCUUAAAAACAGUCAAUACUGCAGCGCAAAAAAGGACUGCACUGAAUAGGAAUUAUCAAGGACAACUGUUUGGUCUCCUUAAAAACAGUCAAUACUGCAGCGCAAAAAAGGACUGCACUGAAUAAGAAUUAUCAAGGACAACUGUAGACUGCAGUAUGUAAGAAAAACUGUUCUGCAGCGUUAAAACCACUGAUUGACACCAAGAAUCAAGGAUAGCUGUUUGUUCUCCUGAUGGACGUAAAUUAAAGCACAAGACUAGCGCGGUGUGGUCGUCUAUGAGGAGGUAACAUACUGAUUGUUGAACUGAGCCCUCCACCGUUAGCGAUCAAUUUGUGUGUGUUUCUGUGUGUGGUACGUAUGUUUAACAAUUUAGUUUAGGAUCCAGGCAAUGAGUCUACUACUGUCAUCAGAUGUAAUUUAUCUAUUGCAUCAUGACAUAACGUUAAUGAUCAUUUCAUUUUUGUGUGUGUGUUUACGUGUGUAAUAUUAUCAAUUUUCUUCAAAUAUCUGUGUCUCUUCCGUUAUCAGUAAAUUUUCUAGUUUUCAAAAGUCUUUGUUAGGUACAUUUACCUAUCUUAUGAAUGCUAAAUGAAUACUUUUAUUGCCAUGUGGAAUAAUGCUACAAAAUGUGUUGGGUCUGUAAAUAUUUUCAAAUAGGAAGGACUUUCAGGACUUGGUGUGGUACAUCUAUCUCAUUUAAUUAAGGUACCAAAUGUACUUUUUUUACUAUAUUGAAUAAUGUGUGUUAUGUCUUGAUCCAUAUAAAAUAUGAAAUAUUUUAAACAACAAGAACUUUCAGGACUUGGUGUAAUAGAUUACCAAGUUCGAUUCUUGACUGCCUAGAAUGGCAGUUAUGCCUCACAAAAAUGCCCGGGCAGUGGACCUCGCAGAGGGACAAGACGUGAGCAGGGUUGUGUAUGCCGACAGGAAAAUGAGGAGCCAUUUGGAGACAUGCUUCGAACAGGGGAAACUCACACCGUUUGACCAGCCGCAGAAAGAAAGUCAUUUCAACCAAGGCACACCAAAUCUCAGUGGUCUGCAAACGAGGAAGGCGUCUGGAAAGAAUGAAGAGGUGCAAAGCAUGCCGGAGGAUUUUUCACGUCAACUGCCAGUCAGCCCUCCUCGUGAUGGAACAUGGGCAUGUGGUGACUGCGCUGUGUGAAAGAGUCUUCACAACAGCGUAAACAGGACAGUGUUGAUUAACAUCGAGGAUGUUCUGCAGACCGAAAACACUCGAGGGUGUUUGUUCUCCUAAUGGACGAAAAUGAGGGAAAACAACGUAGGAUGAAAAUACGGUUUGGUGAUCUCUGGAGUCAUGACUCCAUCACUAACAAUUUUUUUGUGUUUGUGUGUAAUAUUUAAGUUAGUCUAGAUGGUGCCUAUUUUUGUCAUCAGUAAAUGUGCUGGUUUGAGAAGGCUUUGUAAAGUACAUUGUAGGUGCUAAGUUUCAGGACUUGGUGGUUAAAUUGCGAUGUUAGACUUUUGACUACCUAAAAUGGUACACAUGUACUUAUCUCUGACAAAUUAUUCUGUCACUUUGUCACUUGAUAAGAUGUUGGUCAGGUAGACAAACUACUGCUUGUAAAUAUUUCGUGUGCUUAAUUGUGGGGUCAUGUGGCAUAAUGGCAGGAUGUUUG